CACCGAAAAUUAAGUUAUAAGAAGAGACACGCGACGACAGUUAUAAUAAAGUGAUUUCGAUGACUUAACAGCCUGUCACUUAUGACCACCAGCCUUCAACAAUAAACCUGACCCGUCAGAAUGCCGGAUGAUCGAUAACAUUCGAGCCUUUUAUUUCAAUUGUUUAUUCAAAGUCAUACUCACGGCGAUAUUGACCGAGCGGGUACUUAAGAAAUAAUAGUUGCAACUAUAGAAAGCGGAAAAGUCAGUUACAAUAAAACAGUCAUGGAUUGUUCAGUGGUUGUGAUGUUUGCUCUGCUGACAUUGCAAAUAUUUUCGGUUAUCGAUAUUAUUGUGUCACUAGUCACAGGGACUAUGUAUGUCAAUAAUGGAAGCUUGACCAGUCAAAUACAAAUGUUGACAACGUGUGUGCUGAGUUUAACAAGUUUAAGUUUGACCUUACUACAAACCAAAAACUUAAGGAGGUUGCGUAGAUAUCACGACAAAUUUGACAGAGUAUAUCUGAUUCAAAGUAGACAAACAAUAGAACGCCGUGGAAGUAUAUGGGUGUUAUGCUUAGCGGCUGUACAUUUCAUUCUUAAGUAUAUACAAAUAUUGGAGUUUAUUAACGAUAAAUGGUACAACUUAGUAGUGACGACUGUAAUACAGACAAUGUCGGUUACAGCCAACUGUUAUGUCACAAAUAUUUUUAUGAACAAUGUACUUUUAACGAAAAGGCUACUGCAUGUAUUAAUUAAUAAAAUUAUAAAUUUAUACGGUCUAUCAUCAUCGAGCCAUUAUGUUCAUAAUGAUUUUUCAACUAUACGAUCAAUGUAUUUAGAUAUACAUAAGACUUGCAUAAUAAUCAUGAAAGUGUUUCAAACUCAAUUGUUCUUAUGCAUUAUUGACAACGUAUAUGGAAUAACUUUUAUGAUGCUCGCUGCAAACAACAUAUUGAUGUCUAAUGAAAUAAAUUCAUCUCGCAUUACUUUAUCUUGUCUUUACGAAUCGAUUGUGAGAGCAUUUCAAAUUUUUUUUAUAGUGUAUGUAUGUUACACAACUUCUGAACAAGCUCGCACAAUUCCAAUUAUGUUGCAACAGAAAAACAAUGAAUGUUACUCUUUGUUAUGUAAUGUUAAAAAAAAAGUAAAUGACUUUGUUCUAGAAAUGUUAGACUUAAAGAUUGACUUUAUUAUUUAUGGUUUUAUACAGCUUGACUUUGCCAUGUUUAUUUCAAUAAUGGGUUCGAUAGUUACGUACCUCUUGAUUUUAGUUCAAUUAAAAACUGCAUCUGCAAGCGUAACACUGUCUAAAAAUGACACUAUUAGAUCAAAUUAAAAAAUUAUUAAUUUAUUGUUAAUAUAAUAUUAAAUAUAAUUAUACCUUUUUUGUUGUUUUGUGAUACUUGCAUCUUAUAGCUAGAAAUUUUAUUAUAGUUCUUACAAAAAAAAAUUAAUUUUAAAUUUGACAUUAAAAUUCUUUUUCGGGGAUUGUAGGGACCAUCGUGAAAUUAAAUCAUCAUCAAAAUCAUGUUAAAGUAGGUGUUUUAUUAAAAAUCAUAUUAAAAAUAUUUUUGGGUUGAAGUAAAAUUUACUUAUUAUAAAUUAAGUUUUUGUGAAUGUAAAUAAAAAUUUUAAUACUUCAAUGUAUUUUAAUAACUAUUUAAUGUUUUAUGUUAUUUGUUUAUAAACAACUGAUAUUUCAGUAAAUUGUAACUUAAAUUAUUGCAAUAAGUCUGUGAUUUUUUAGCUAAGAGGAAUAUCUAAAAAAGUUAUUUUAAAAAUGUCGAAACUAAAUUUUGAAAAUUUUUUUUAUUUGUAUGGAGCCUGGAUUUUUUUGACGUGCCUAGUUAUGUCCAAACAUAAACAAACUUUUUAUAUUUAGAGAGUUCAGUAAGUAAGGAAAGGGCUCUCACUGUUUAUAACAAUUGAUCUGUUUCGUUACUUACUGAACACUUUGUAUAUGAAUCUCCGACCACAAAUUCACAUUUUUAAAUUUCAUUUCCUGUUGCCCAACAUCAUAAAAAUAUGAUCCUCUUCUAACUUUUCAACUAUUUUUAAGAGACAGUUAAUAUUUAAAUCUUUUUAAAUAAAUGCUGAAAUUUUAAGUGCCUUUCUCUUCCUGGAAUAUUUCUAAACACUACUUUAUCUAGAAACAAAUUUCAAAAGUUCAAAAAAAAGUUGCUUGAAUCGAAUUUCUAUUUAGCAAUAUUAUACUUUAUGUAAGACACAUAUGGUCUCAAAGGAACCUUCGUGUUUUACAUUCAAAAUUGGAAAACACAAGUAAAUUAAAAUAUUUUAGUUUUCACCAAAAUAAAUUAUCCGUAAUCCUACAUUACAUAGUUGUGCUAUAUUUUUAAUUUAUAUCAAGGCUAAUCGAUUUUCAUAAAAACGAUAUGUAAAUUAUUUAACUUAAAUUUAUUUAAAACUGCUGUGUUCCUCUGCAUCUUAAUAAAUGAUUUAAUG